AUGAAGGUCUCCACAGCGCUUCUGUACCUGCUGCUCACAGCAGCCGCCUUCAGUACCCAGCUCGUUGCUCAGCCAGCUCCUGUCCCAACCACCUGCUGCUUUACUGUGUCCAGUCGGAAGAUCUCCAUUCAGCGCCUGGAGAGCUACAGACACAUCACAAGCAGCAAGUGUCCCCAGAAAGCUGUGAUCUUCAAGACCAAGCUGGCAAAGGAGAUCUGUGCUGACCCCAAGCAGAAGUGGGUCCAGAAUUCCAUGAAAUACCUGGACCAAAAAUUCUAA